GAACCAGCAAAGAAAAAGAAUUACUGAGGGCAGUGUCCCUUUUUGAACCCUUCCAAAACCGUUCUCAACAAUAAGUUGUCUCCAAUUGUGCCAGUAUAGACAUUUAAUGUCUUGAGCUCGCCCACCAUGAAGCUGUGCAGUUCAAAUCUGGGUACUUUGUCUUCGAGACUUAUCAGACCAUUUACUCUCACCAUCCAAUGCACUCGUUGCUUCCACAAGAAUGCUGCCACGCCCUCUGUUCCUUCCCCGACGCCAUUCGUUCCCGACGUCCAGACCUUUCUUACCUUGAUCGGUCGUGAUAUGAAAAAGCACGCCAGCAAACUGUCUUCUUGGGACAAGCUUUUCACCCUCAACUCCACUGAACUCCGUGAAGUCGGCAUCGAGCCUGCGCGCCAACGACGAUAUUUACUUCGCAAACGAGAGAAGUUCAGGCAGGGUAUUUACGGUCCUGGUGGUGAUUUGGAGCAUGUCGUCGAUGGAGCUGCCCAAUUGCGAGUAGUCGCAGUGCCUGUGCCGGGCACCCAGACACCCGGAGGUGAGCGAGAGUCGAGCCCUCAGGAUUCCUCGGCCAACUUGUCACCCGGUACGAAACGAAUGAUUGUAAAUCUCCGGCCAGAUACUACCAGUUAUGAGCAUGAGCCCUCCAGACCCCUGAAGAAAUAUGCACAUAUGAAGAUACACCGUGGCUCUUUGAUUAGAGGACCGUUCCUGCAACCAAUCAAGGGAACAAACGGCAGCGCCGCUCUGAUCAAGGUCCAGGAAGGUAUGUGGGAGGAUAGGCUGGGACACAAAGUUGACGGUGGUGAGAGGAGACGCGCUGAGGUCCGCGCCAACAAGAGGAGCGAGGAACGGAGGAAAGGCACUGCAUAAGCUAUCUUCCUUUUUGUGUUGAAUCUGUGAUGUCUCAGACGCAGUUUACAUAUCUGUAUAUUACUCACCAUCACGCCCUGUAUUAUUCCAGCUUCAAUCACAAUGCUGUGUCCUACGGCCAGU